UUUUUGCAGACCUGUGAUUAAUUUGUUCAUACAAAAUGGCUGUCAAUGUUAUAUCAACAUCAGUGACUACUGAAAACAUCAGCAGACAUGAUAUGGUUAGAUGGGUCAAUGACAGUUUGCAAAUGAACAUCUCAAAGGUGGAGAAUCUCUGUAAUGGGGCUGCGUAUUGCCAGUUCAUGGACAUGCUUUUUGAGAACUGUGUCGCAUUGAAGAAAGUGAGGUUUGAUGCAAAGCAGGAGCAUCAGUUUAUUGAAAACUUCAAGAUGCUACAGAAAGCUUUCAAGAAAUGCGGGGUAGACAAGGUAAUUCCUAUACAAAAGCUUGUCAAUGGGAAGUUUCAAGACAACUUUGAAUUUGCGCAGUGGUUCAAGAAGUUCUUCGAUGCGAAUUACAGCGGUCAGGAGUAUGAUGCGGCAGCAGCAAGGGGAGGAGCAUCGGUCGGAGGAACAGGAGGUCCAAAGAAAACCGCUCCAGUGAUGAAAGCCAAAACAGCUCCAGCAGCACAACCCACCAGAAAACCAGCAGCAUCGAAACCAGCACCCUCAAAACCAGCUGCAUCAAGUAAAGCUGGAGCAGCAGUAACAAAUGCACAGGUCACAGAUCUUCAGUUACAGCUUGAUGAAUCAUUAGUGACGAUAACUGGGCUAGAAAAGGAGAGAGAUUUCUACUUUGGAAAGUUACGAGAUAUCGAAGUCAUCUGCUCAGAAUUUGAAGACCAACCACACAGUGGCAUCUCAAGAAUAUUGGAAGUUUUAUAUGCAACAGAGGAUGGUUUUGAGCAACCAGAUGACGAAGGCGAUGCUGGCGGCGUCGACUACCAACCAGAGGAGAUACUGGAUCAAGAGCAGGAGGAGUAUUAAACCAGUCCUACCCUCGACCAGAACAUUUUAUUUGGGUAUAGUUAGAAUAUCAAUGAUGCCUCCAUCACAGGGGAAGAGAAGUUUGUACAUAUAUCUAUUACAUAAAUGCGUAUGAUUGUUGUAUGAUAAGGACUUGUGUGAGAGAGGCUUCAGCUAUCCUUCUUAUGUUGUAGAUCUAGUAUUUAAAGUCGUCCUGAAGCUUAACAAAUGAUGAAGUUUAGUGGAGAAAGUGGGUGCGGUGUGGCAAUUAAAGGACCUUUGGCGAUGAGUAGCUGUCUGCCUAGCCUACACAGUCUGGAUGCAUGCUUCAUGGGUAGAUAUUCUCUUCGUAAGUAUGGUUUAUAGAGUUCAUUGAAAAAACAAACUGUACAAGUAGGCACAUCAAACUGUACAAUUGGGCAUAUUAAACUGUACAGUUACGCACAUCAAAAAUGUACAGUUAGGCACCUCGAACUGUACAAUUGGGCAUCUCAAAAUGUAUAGUUAGGCACAUUUGACUAGGACUACAAACUGUGCAGCGUAAGUCUAGUUGAGUUCAUAAAAAACAUACUGUACAAUUAGGCACCUCGAACUGUACAGUUGGGCAUCUCAAAACGUAUAGUUAGGCACAUUUGACUAGGACUACAAACUGUGCAGUGUACAUUAUUCACCAUGGCAACUUUUAAACAAUAGUUAAUAAUCAGUCAGUCAGUUUUCAUCUCUAUACUGUAUUUACUAAAAUUCUAUUUGUUAUCUGUGUGCUCUUUGCCCAAUGGUUCAUGAAGUCGCCAAAUAUGCAAUAUUCACAAAUUCGGCUAUUUUCAUCAAAACCCAAAAGAGAUCCCAGUGUUCGGUUGUUUUUCUUAAACUAAAUGAAUCAAUAUACGACUAGUAUGGCAGACAUAGCUUCAUUAAUGAUGGUCAUGUCAGCAGAGCACCAAACUACCACCAGUCUUGUCGUUGUAUAAAGGCCACCGCACACCUUGUGAUUGGUCUGUGACCCGAUUUUGGAAUAAAACAUUGUAGAAUUUGAUGCUAAUACAGUAUUGAGACAUGGAAUAUCCUACUAUGUAAUGUUCUACAUUGUAAAUCACCGUACGAAUACCUGUAUUAAAAAAUGCGACUAUGCUAUAAUCCUUAUCAGAAUACUGUAUAAAGCGAAUUCAAUAUCGAGUCGUAAUGACGUCAUAGCAGUCGUACGAUUUGCUACGAUUUAAAACUAAUCUGGCCUUUACUCCAAAUUGAAGGCUUGCAAUCGUCCAAAAUUGUUAUAUUAGUAUUCUUUCAGCUAAUUUGAUCCUGUAAUAAAAAGAUACUUAUCAUUAACAUUUUCAGAAAAUGAGCAAGAUGCAAUUGUUACAAAAUCGGAUCGUGGACCAGUCGCAAGGUGUGCGGUCGCCUUAACACACAUGUACAUGUGUACUAUUCUUCUGAAGACAAUGAGCCCAAGUAAUUCCUGGUUUUCAUACAGAAGUCUGUCUCUUUAAAGAAUUCCUGAUUUUCUUGAAACACUUAGUUGAUUUAUUCAAAAUUAAAUCAUAAACCUGCAAUAAGAACAAGAGUGCAUGAACUUUAGGAGUUCUGACUAUCAAUAAAAUUAUUUUAAUUGGAUUGAAGUUUUGAUGUAGAAUACUGUAAUUACGUUUUUGUUCAUUUGCUUUGUUAUAUUGUACUUCAUGAAUUUUUGUAAAUUGACCCUUUCAGCAUGUGCUGCUGGUCAAUUUUAUGUGCAUAAAUACAAUAAAUAAAUAAAAUCAGUGUGAACAUUCUGAAAUAAUCAUACACACACAUGUAGAUGUAGCACAAUUCUUCAUGCUAAACAUUACUGCCAUACUUUGGCAAAAAGAAGCAAGUCACAAAAGUAUCAUUUGUUGUAAAUGAGCAAUGUGUGUUCAUCAUUUAGAUAGGCGUCAAGGCAAUUCAACAGCAUAUUUUCUUCAAUAUCUUUCCUUAGAACGAUCAUUUCUUCCCCCGAAAUUUGCAUGAACGUGCAUUUCGUGCAACAUACAAAGGGUGUUAAAGAAACAACAAUAACUUAGAUUUGACUGAUGGGUCAGCUGCUUCCUUUUGCCAAAGUUGGGCAGAUUAACAUUUGUAUGCACGGUGUGAGGUAGUACACUUAUGUGAAUUUGGCUCCAUAUCAUUUUUAAUAUCCACUUCUUUCUGUAGCAAAAUAGUUUAUUGUGUAAUAGAACCACCCAAAUCCAAUUGAAUGGAUAGUUUUUACCAUUGCCUUCUUCAGAGGUUAUCAUUUUGCUUGUUAAACAUGUUCAUCCAUUCUCAUAUUCAUUACUAGACCCUGUUUCUCCCGACAAGGAUGAAUCUGGUUUUAACAUUCAUUUAAUUGGUUUCCUUGUAAUCCUGACCUGAAUGGUAUACCCUAAAGGAUACUACGGAUAAAUGCAUCUGUACUUGCACAUUUUAGUUGAAUGUAUUUCACAAUCACAUUUGACUUCUGUUGAGUUAUUUCAUUAUAUAGAAUUACUAUGCAUUAAUGUGGAGCGUUAUUAUUACAAACAUUUAUUAUUGUCUAGUGAAUUUUUAUUUCUUGCCUAGGACCAUAAUAUACUGGAUUAUCUAAUAGUAAGAAGCUGGUGAACUUUAUGAAACACUUAUGCAUUCCUUAUGAUUUGCUAAAUAAUAUUAAGCUAUGUAAUCACAUUUACAAGAAGUAAAUGUGUUGCUGAUUUUGCACUUUUGACGCCGACUGAAUCAUUUUCAUGUGUGUGUGUUUUUUUUUCCAACCGCAUGCAUGUGUAUGAAUCAGUUUUCUUUUUUAAAUUAAAUGUAUAAAGCGUUGAGUUACCUUUCAUACCCUAUUUGUUUGUGUGAUUGGUUUGUCUGUUAGCUUGUCAAUUCCUUUGAACUUGGAAAGGGUAAGGACUAAAAACAUACAAAAUUAAGGAGAAUUUUGAAAGCACAUGUACUUAAAAAAUCAAUUGAUAUUUUAAGUUUGGGCUAGGAGGGAUUUGUUAUGAAACACAUGUGAAUGCUAAUUAAUGCAUUGAAAUUUUAAAAAACUAUGCAUUAUUUGUUUGAUAAUAUAGAAAGAGGUGAUACAUCUAUGAAGUGCCUAAUAAUGUUAUGGUUUGGGAACAAAGGAAUGCAUAUUGAUAAACAGAAAACACACAAUUUUGAUAUACAUACAUGUACAUCAGAAAAAAAUGGAUAUAAAAAGGUCACUUUGACAAAAGAAUGAAUAUUGGCAUUUUUCACUUGAGAUAUCUAAUGGACAUGAAAGGCUCCUGUUGGAGACUGUGUUAUAGGAUAUUCCUAUAGGUAUUGUCUUGAAGCAAUUUUAUUAUUCACCACAAAAUCAUGUUAGAGGUCACAUGCAUAUGGGCAGUAGUGCUUUGUAUCCUGUGGAAAGAAUGCUUGAUAAUUCCAAUUUACAAUUUGAGUGUUCCCAAAAUGUUGAAUGUCAAAGGAAAAGAGGUUAGUAUUUGCACUGAAAUACACUUGUGCAUACCACAUAGAUUUUUAACAUCCUUAUGCUAUUUGAGCGGCAGACCUUGUUCCACCUAGAAUUAGAAUAAUGAUAUUUACCAGUAUUCAUUCACUUUAUUUUGAUCUCCUUUAUUGUUUGGAUGAUGCAAAUAUGAUAACUCCAACUGAACUCUCGUUUGGGAAAACAAUGUGAUGAAGAAAUUAUGCAUUUUUUAUAUGUGAUUUGCCAUGCCUGUUGUGUUAAAAUUGCUCUAUAUCAAUUGCUCUUUAUUCUACAUACAUGUAGAAUAAUUUCUGGUGUAACACUCACUUGACUUUGUGCAUCUGUGUGUGCUCUGAUCCCUUAUACACUGUCAGACUAAAGAGGGCAGCCUUCAUCCCAACCAAACAUUAUUGUACAUGCAGUGUACCUGGGAAGCUUAUUGUCAGUGAUUUUCUCAAGACGGCAUCCCCCCCCCCCACCCCCUCGGCUGAAUGUGGAGAUGGCAAUAAGUCAGAAAUCCGGUUAACUUUAAUGCGCCAGAGUAAAUAAAAAUCUGAUAUAUAUUUGAUCAUUUAUUUUGUGUGAUUGACUUACCGAUUUAAAUGUUCUCCUGCUUCGAUUCAAAUUUGUCAAUUCAUAUUUCUCUCUUGCAGUUGGGUUUUUGUUCAUUUUUGUCAUCCUACACUUCCUUUUUGAAAACUUCAGUUUGUAAUUAUAUCUGCAAUGUUAACAGAUUGUGUGAAUUCCUUGUAAUUAUAAUGUUUGACUUUCAUUUUCAAUAAAUUUACUGUACAUGGACUGUAACAGUUAGGAUUUUGGACCCUGUUGUUAUCAAUAAAAAGGUAUACGUGUAACUGAAAGUAACAACUUAACAUUAAAUCUUACACUUCCAUUAAGUGAACUGCUGAUUAAUUGAAUUAGAUUAUGAAAUCAAUUAGCAUGCAUAUGCAAAUUUCAUUACUGCUAUUAACUCACUUUCAAGAAUGCUCUGAAUGUCAUGGACUAUUUUACAGGAGCUUUACAAUCUUUUAGUCAUUUGUUUUGUAUAAAGGAGUAUUUGAAAGUUUAAGGGGCAUAUUAUUGCGAUAAUCUGAUGCUUUUGUAAACAUGAGAAUUAAGGGUUAUUAGGUGUUGAGGUUGCCUUGAAAUAACUCAAGAUUGUUCAACGUUUUUUAUGGACUAGACUAGAUAAAAUGAGGUGUACUCAUAGUUUAAAUGCAUGAACCAUUCAGGUGAGCAUUGCAGUAACCUUCGUAAAAAAAAAAAUGGGGAAUGUUUCAUCAUGCAUCCGGUCAGUGAUUUCCACUGACAAAGUUAUUCUGAGCCAAUCAGAUGCAAGGAUUUCAGUACCUUAUAACAAACGUUGCAUAUCAGAGACUAUUAAAUUGUUCCAUGAAAUGCUCCCCUUCCGCCAAUGCCAGUCAAGUAUCCAUGGAGUCUUCUCUCAACAGACUUCAUGAUGCAAAAACUGGCUAACAUUCCAUGAAACAGAUGGUGAAUUUCUUUGACUAUUGUUAUAAGCUACUGAAAUCCUUACAUCUGAUUGGCUCAGAGCAAAAAUAGUCAGUGAAUAUUGCAGAGUCUGUAGUAGUGAGACUAGAUUCACUAUGUACUGUGUCUCUUAUUUGACACAGAGCCUUUAGCAUCUAGUCUUUACUCUAGACCCGUUAUUGGUUAAAGUGUCAAAUAUGAGUCUGUGAUUGCAGACUACACAGACCCCAGCCAGCAUAUAUGCAGACUCGGUUAUUAUGAGGGUAAAACAUGAGAUUAAAAUUAGGAUUCCAUUUCACAUCAAAAACCCUUUAAAUAUCAUUAUUUAUUUGGUCAUAAAAAAGAGGCAAAUCAUACAAUGUACGAAAAUACAACAAAUAUCUAUUUGCUCCAUGAGUGGGCAUGUUUGUUUAUACAACAUUUUUGAAAAUUAAUGUAAAUUGUGAAAUAAUAUUGAAAAUGUUUGUGUUGUUUUACCUAUAAUCCAGCCAUUGUGAGUAUUACGAUGAUAUUUAUGAUGGUUUAUUUGAAUUACGGAUAUUAUUGAAAUACAGGUCAAAUGACGUGUUUAUAUCCAACAUAUUGUGCCAGUUGUAAUUUGUUCUUGGUAGUUUAUUUUUCUUCUUUUUUAUCAGUUAGGCUACAGUCACACCAAUGAAAUCGUCCUUUGGUCUGCCAUCUUGAUACAGUUUGGGAAAUUAAUAUUUCCAAACUGUGACUUGGUUUUAUUAAAAAGCAGAGAAAAUAGUGAAAAAUA